UGACAGCAUGGACUAAACCUGAUGCGCGUGAGCAGCAGCUCGAUCGAGUGUAGUCUAAUGCACUUUAUGUCCCUUUUUUUAGCUACAAGUGCCUAAAUCAAGACACUGGGUAAUAUGAAAGUAUUUACUUUAUAGCUGAACCAAUGCAGAUCGGUUUGAGGAACUUGACUCACCCUGGAGUCUCGAUAUCAUCCUGAAGCUGGACGAUGCGCGCGGACCAUUCCAGAUAGAUCAAUGAUAUGAACUUACAUUAUGCCUUCACUACAUCAUGGCGCUAUUUUUAUUGGAGUAUUUUUAAUAGUCACCGGUGGCUCCUCCGCUUUUCUAACUUCUAAUCAAAGUCGACUCCAGGCGUUCAGCAUGUGCUGUGUGGUGCUCGGGGCGGUGAUGCUCAUUUUAGGACUAUUCUGGGCUAUGAACGGCAAGAGAACCACGGUGCCUUAUAAUGAAGAGUACAGCCACGACUACAGUCAAGUCAUGUUCACCCCACCGCCCGGAAACCACUUCCCCGAAUCCCAGUCCGUCUUUCUGCACGGGACUAUGCAAAGGCGAGGUGUAUACGGUGAAGAUUUGGACUAUCCCCCCAUGGAACCAACAUGCUUCAGCCCUACCACUCGGGGUCGGCCGCCUCACUGGGACAUGGAGCCUCCUCCACCUUAUGAGGUGGCCAUCAAAACCACCAGGAGCUCCACACACCUGAGGCGCAGCUACUCAGACACACAGCUGCUCACUGAACCUCUGUUCGGACGCUCACGGGAGAUCAGUUUCGAAGUGUGACAUCUGUGCCAUGUUCAUCUCUUGAGACCUGAACUGCUGAAUACCCACCCUAAAAUAUUCACAAACAAGUGUUGAUGAAGCUACGAAACAGGCUUUGACAAUCCACAGCUCGCAGAGGGGGUGUUUUGUGCCUCUUGAGGUGGUUUUCAUCUUAACCAUGUGUUUACGGCCUUUUCUCAAAUAAAAUGCAUUAUUAUUAUAAAUAUAUAUACAUAAGCUUUUGGAAAUAAGUGGGUAAUCUCUCAUUAAACAUACUGUAAUGCAUUUUACAAGAGAUGUGGCUUUAAUUUUAGGUAGGCCUAUACUGUCUCCCACCCUUAACAGAUCACUCACAUUUUAGAAAAUAUAGUGCCUGAAUGUGUGAAGCACACCCUAUACCUGAUUAUGUAUGUG